CUUUUGAAUUACCUGUCUGUGCUUGUACGUGGCUGAAAUAUCUUCCUUGGUAUGCGCGAGAACUACGUGACAGCUGUCGAGAUUCGCGGAAGCUCUUCAUAUCGGUCUCUCAACAUGUUAGGAGGUAGCGAAGCUAGUCCUUCGCUCAGAAGAUGUCUCUUGGCAAAGAACUUUUUUAACGCAAAGCCUGAGCUGGAGAUAGCUUACUUGCUGGUACUGUCUUUGCCCCUGGAUCUGACACGACUACUCUCGCCAUAUGCACAGUACUAAUGGCAGCUGCUUGUUUCCCUGAGGAACAACGUAAAGUCCAUGGAGAUCUGGACGCGGUCAUCACACCCGCAUUCACUGACAAGAAAUCACUUCCUCGCCUUCAUGCCUGCGCCGUUGAUACCUAUGGGUAUGCCACACCGCACGACAGAGGUGGUCGUUUUUGAAGAUUAUCGUGUUCCAGCCGUGACAACAGUAUUUGGCAAUCACUGCCAUUUCAGAGCCAUCUCUCGCGAUCCAGACGUCUUCCCAGAUCCUGACGCAUCCAAGCCUGAUCGUUGGCUUGAUACCGAAGGGCGCGUGAGAGAUGACCUCAAGUUAGUGUGGGGGGCAGAACUAAUUCGAUUUAGUUCUGCCGGUUAUAACCGGCAAAACUGGCAAAACUCUAGGCGCCAUGCAGACUAUGUAUACGACAUUCCUAACGAUGACAUCAAUGUUGCCUC